AUGGUGAGUAAUGCAUCUACCAUAAACAAGCCACACCAUUGUCCUGUAUGCGGGAACACAGAUACCACCACCGUUGUGAUUGAUGAAUCAAUACCACCAGAGUUGCAAAGAUUCUUUACUCCAAUAACACAACAAGUUGACGAGUUCAAUAGCUCAUGCAAGUUUCAAUUCAUCACCCUUGUCGAAAAGAUCAACCACUUGAAGCAUACCAAUGGAAAGUUAAAGGAAAAAGUUGCAAAGCAAAAGGACUUUCUCUACGCAGCUAAAGAAGAAAUUACACACUUGAACAAGUACAAAUCACAAGUGGAGGACCUCAAGCAAGAGUUGGAAGGACUCAAACAGAAAAUAAAGGAAUACAAUCGUCCAGAAACGUUUGAGCUCUCCAAUGAUGAUGAAAUUGAGUACGGCAGAAACAAGCAAAAGGAGGAAGAUAGCUUUAUACAACCAGUGCCGAAACAUGCUCUUGAAAAGCCAUUCAACUUUGCUCUGAAUACAUUCAUCAGCAAUAUUCAUAAACAGUCGAUGGGGAAAAAAUUGGACACAUUUGCUCCAAAAGCACCAACAAAUCAUCACCAUCCAAACAAGAGGUCCUUUUAUGCCGAAUCAACCAAAAUUGGGGAGCUAAACACAGCACGGCAGCAUCGAAUACCAUCAGCACAACUACCACCAUCACCAUCACAACCUCCACCGCCACCACCACCGCCACUUCUAUCUUCAGGCACGACUUCAUCAAUAUCUAGUUCUCGAGCAAAUUUUCAGAAAUUAAACUUGAACAAAUAUAGAUACCCCAGCGGAAGAGCUGCUACAAGUCAAUUAGCAUCAAGGAUAACUGCCAACAUGCGCGUAGGAACUUCAAAUCAGAGUAGCGAGUAUCAUAACGAAGGCGCGCGUGCGUUUCGGAUGGCAAAUGUUCACUCAAACAUGAUAAGCAAGGGUCCGGUUUUGAAUCGGAUAUUGAAAAAGCAUUCACUGGGAUCUUCGAGACAUUUUGCUCAUUAA